AUGUAUCGUGCCAUACCUGUCUCCAGACAGGUUUCUUCAGCCGCUGGACGGGGAUUCGUAAGGGUAAAUCGCAGACGUUUGGCAAACACUGCACCUACCCCACCCCCAGCUACUGCACCCAAGAAAAAGAGCGUAGUACGGAGGAUUCUCUUCUACACUGCUGCAGCUACAGGGACUUUCUACAUCGGCAGUACUUUCGUCGCCUUUGAGAACCAAAGUUACCAUGAUGUCUUCACGGAAAACGUUCCGCUGGCCCAGGUACUAAUGGAAUAUGCAGAAGCACAUAAUUGGGACACUCUUACUGUUGAAAAUGUGGUUGUUUCUACUGUCGAUGGUGUGAAACGCGUGUCCGGCGUCAUUCAGAAGCAGUUGGGAAUGGUUGGCUCGCAGGACCCGUCUGAGAAACCAGAAGAGUCAUCCGCUGAGAAGUCGCUCGCUGCAAAGGAAAAAUCACCUUCCGUGGCCAAAGAGUCAAAGGAACGAAUCAAAUCUGCAGCCGCAACCCUAAAGACGACGGUUCAGAAAAACGAAGACAAAGCUCUCGCGGGUGGUGCGAAAGCGGCUGCUAUUGCUAGACACCAGGCUGCACAGUUUGCUAACGAAUUAGAGGAUCUCAUACGGCAAGCGGAAGCUGCCCUGGCUGACAAGCCCAUCGAUUCCCCACCCGAAGCUACUACAUCUCCUGCUCAGCCUGCUGGUUCUCCUCCAGACAUAGCCCCUCUUCGUGCCGACGACGUAGAGGUAGUCGCGCAGGAAGCUUCUUCCGACAAGAAAAUAUACGCUGCUGCUCUCCCCAUUGGCUUCGAGCCUCCACCCGGUUUCUCUCGUCCCAGUCCGCCGAAGCCUAAAUCUGCACCUGCUGUCGCAAUCACUACUCACGAACCUCUUCCACUUGUAGCCCCCGCUAUCUCCGAAGUCAAUGUUUCGGAACCAGUGAUCACCCAACUGGCUUCCACCAUCGAUGACCUCGCCUCUCAUCUGAACUCAAACCCUUCAGCGGCGGAGAAGGCAAAAGGUGUACUGGAAAAGGCCAAGUCGGACCUUACAGGACUGGCUAGUCGUAUGGAGCAGUUAAAGGAGGAUGAGCGUAUCCAGCUCGAGCAGAAAUUAGAUGAACAAGCAAGAGAAUAUUCUCUUAAACUUUUAGAGCUGGAAAUGGAGGCACAGGAUAAGUUGGACAACCAGGAAGAUGGGUUCCGAAAGUUCUUUGAUGAAGAACGUUCGAAUAUUAUGCAAGCCUAUCGGGAGAAGUUGGAUCACGAGCUGAAAACCCAGACUGAGCUAAUCAAUGAGCGCCUCAAGGAAGAGGUGAUAGCUCAGGGUAUUGAGAUGCAACGAAGAUGGAUCCGUGAGAUCAAGGUUCGCGUCGAGCAAGAGCGUGGCGGCAGACUAGCUAAACUCGAUGAGUUGGCUGCCAAUAUCAAGCGUCUUGAACGCGUUGCUCUCGAUAACUCCUCGUAUCUUGAUGAAAAUAUCAGGGUUCAUGCUGUCUGGACAGCUCUACGUGCUUUGCAAACCAGUGUCGAUUCACCCAACCGAAAACCUUUCCGGGAAGAACUGCGUGUAUUACGACAUAUCGCAGCUGCGAAGGAGGACAUUGUCAUUACAUGUGCUCUUGAUUCCCUCGAGAAGAGUGAUACCCCGGACGUUGGCGUGGAGCCUUUCGCUGAUCUCGCGUCGUGGUUCGCGACUAGCGUUGCUCCCCGAGUUACUAGUGUAGCACUGGUACCUGAUCAAAAUGCUGGUCUUUUAGCUCAUCUUGCUUCGCACCUUUUCGCCUCCUUCCGAUUCGAAAGGCAUGGUCUGGUAGCUGGCACAGAUGCUCUCAGUGUCUUGGCAAGGGCAGAGUACUACAUGAACGAGAAAGACUUGGAUAGUGCUGCUCGGGAGCUUAAUCAGCUCAAGGGAACGGCAAAGGUACUUCUGGCCGACUGGCUCGCAGCUGCACGCCGGAGACUGGAAGUACAGCAGGCACUCCAGAUCGUGCAAUCCCAAGCGACUCUUGCUUCUCUACUUGUGAUUUAA